AUGCCAAUCCACGACGCUGAGGACCGCGUGCCGUUUAUUAUUUUAGGCCCGCUGCUGCAAUACCAGGAGCGAGGGCGCAACUCGAAUUGUAUCUGGGAUGGCUGUGUACGGAGCCUUUUCUACUUCCUGAUCCUGCUCGGACUGAUGAUUUUGAUCAUCAUCUUUCACCCGUUCGUCCAUUAUAGACCGAAAUGUAAGCUUAAA